AACACCUGACGAUCAUAACCUAUCCGACCGUGGUGCGAUCAUACACGGUACCAUCAGCUGGUAUUUUGUGCCAGAUUACUUUAGAAUAUGGCGAUACCAAUGGAGUUGGUGUCCCACACUAGGAAAGUAUGCAGUCUUUAUAAACGAGCUCUAAGAAAUUUGGAGUCAUUUUACGACAGGCGUCCAGCGUUUCGAUAUCAAGCAGUUCUCCUACGCCAUCGAUUUGACGAAAAUCGCAAUGUGAAAGAUAUGAGAGAAGCCAGAGUGCUGCUAGAGGAAGGUGAAAGAGAGUUAUUCAUGAAACAGCAUUACCAACCGAAAAAAUUUGCGAGGUCUCCAGGAGGUGUAGCAUAUGCAAGAGAAGUGGAACCACCUGAUUGGGUUUUGGAUUAUUGGCACCCACUAGAGAAAGCACAGUAUCCGGAGUAUUUUGCACGAAGGGAACAACGGAAAAAGCAGUUCAUUGAGUGGUGGGAAAAGCAAUACGGCAAACCUACUAAAGAGAGUUCGGGACAUCAUUAAAACACAUUUUGCAUUCUGUGUAGCAUCUGGUGUGAAGCCAGUUACAGGAACUAACAUAGGAUUUCAAGAUGCAUAUUUUGGGAGAUAUGCUCAUGAACCAUAUGUGUAUUUGUUAAAGUUGUAAAUAAAUGUUGCUCACUUCA